CAUAACAUAGCUAUAAGAACAGAGGACAUAUUAGAUAAUUUUUACGCUAUAAUCACAAUGGAGAACGGGAAGAAGAGGUUGGCUGUGUUGGUCGGAUGCAACUAUCCGAACACGAGAAAUGAGUUGCACGGUUGCAUAAAUGAUGUAUCAAGCAUGAAAGACGUACUUGUGAAUAAACUUGGUUUCGAACCAAGUAACAUUGAGCUCCUAACUGACCCCCCUGGGUCUUCGAUCAUGCCUACAGGAAUGAACAUAAAAGCAAUGCUCUCAAAAAUGGUUGAUCGCGCUGAGCCAGGAGAUGUAUUAUUCUUUCAUUACAGUGGACACGGAACGAGAAUUCCUUCAUAUCAUGGUUUUAAACAGGAUGAAGCCAUUGUUCCUUCUGAUUUCAACCUUAUUACAGAUGUGGAUUUUCGACAACUUGUCAACCGUUUACCAGUAGGAUCAAGCUUCACCAUCCUAUCCGACUCAUGCCAUAGCGGUGGACUGAUUGACAAGGAAAAAGAGCAAAUUGGUCCUAAUGAAGAUAACCCCAAAUCACUUCCUACUCGUCCUACUCCGAAGGAGAUCCCUUUUGACGCCAUCUUACAUCACUGAUCAUCAAUUUCCGGUGUUCAAUCAUCAGACGUUGGUCUUCAUAUGAUGGAGGUGUUCGGCAAGAAAGCGAGCAUCAAAUUUCAACUACCUAAGGCAGAAAUUGACCAUUUAGGCAGGUCUGAUUCCGGGAUCCUACUAAGCGGGUGUCAAGCAAAUGAGACAUCGGCUGAUAUCAACCCAAUGGUCCGUGGCGGAAAGGCCUAUGGAGCAUUCAGUAAUGCUCUUCAAACGGUUUUAAAGGAGUCUGGAACCAGUAUCAGCAAUAGAGAAUUGAAAAUGCCAAUGCUCCAUUCUUGCGAGAAACAUCAUAAAAACAGCUAGCCCAUACACAUCAAUCAUGAUAGUGAUUUUCAAUUUGUUAUGAAAAUCUAACUUCAUGAUGUAUGAUUUUCAUGUUUCUGUUCUUGCUUAUCCCCAUAGAUUGCUACCUCUGCAAUCUUCUUGAAUAAAACUUUCUAAAAUUCAAUAAAUAAAUAAAAGUAAAUGCAUAUUGUGUUUCUCAUGGAAGAAAUUAACCAAUAAAAGCAAUAAGGUAAGACGCAGGAAUACAGUUGCCUCACUAGUAUGUUUUUUCAGG